AUGUCACUCGGUGUUAAUGUCGAUAUUCUCGAGGAUCAGAGAAAAGUCUCUGUGAUCAUUGAGCCGACCGAAAAACAGACGAAAAAGGGAGACCUGCUAACGUUGGUGCCGAAACGAACCCGCAGUGCGGUAUCAAUGAGAGCUGAUGACACUGAUCGCUGGGGACAAGAAGUCAUUGACGAGAAGGAGGAUUAUGUUGUUAUGCUUCGCGAUCCAACUGUCAAAAAUGAACUACUGGAUCGUCUCAAUACAUUUCGCCGAAAUCGCGAGCUAUGCGAUUGUGUUCUCUUCGUUAGAGAACGCGAGAUUUAUGCUCAUAAGGUUGUGCUUGCUGCCGUUUCUCCGGCUCUUUUUGAUAUGUUCAACGCAGAUGGAGAAGAGAGAACCCAAGAAGAGAAAUCGAAUGGUUCGAGUCCAACCAACGGCACCAACGGAUAUUCAAACGGAGUUAAUCAAAAAACAGCGCUAUCCUAUUACGAGUUUGCUCAAACCGAUUUCGAAUGCUUCAACGCAUUGGUCAAUUUUGCCUACACUGCUUACCUCGAGAUCAAUUCGCGCAAGGUUGCUGAACUCUACAAGACCGCAUUUGCUCUUCAAAUGUCGCCCGUGAUUCGCGCGUGCGCCACAUUCCUUGCCGACAAUCUUCAAAUCAGCAAUUGCAUCGGAAUUCGCCGACAAGCCAAUUUUCAAAAUGAUUCCUAUCUGAUGAACAAGGUUGAUAAUUUCAUUCAAGAAAAUUUCGAAGGAGUGGUGAAUGAGAGCAAAGAAUUUACUCAACUGCCUGUCAUUCAAACAAGAAUCAUCAUUCCUGUGGAGGAUGCUCGAAUUUCAAACCAUGCGCAUAACAAUGGAGGGCUCGCUGAGAUGGCUUUGGCGUAUUUCCAAAAUAUGCCGCAUGAUAGGGCUGAACUCUCCAUCGACUUGCUCACAUGCAAAACGCAUAUUCUUUACUUGGAAGAGGACCAUUUGGCAGAUUGUUCGGAGAUGGAUGAGCGCUCAUCCGUGGGAAGUUGCGACAUCAUUCAAGAUUAUAAGAAGUCUGGAAAGGAUCGCAAGGAUGUCGCAAAGGCGAUGUCGGGCCAAGAGCCGAUCACAAAUCCGGCGAUUUCUCAUCGUGUAAAUGGCGCUGUGGCUGUUCGGUUGAAUGCAUCAAGAAUGAAUAACAUGAGAUCUUCCAAUGAGAGUUUGGAAUCUGCUGGCACCAAUGAUUCUGAUCCUCAGGAGACGAUUGAAACUCUUCUCAUCGCAACUCAUCGCACUGCUCCUCAAUACUGGGUCGCUUUGGUUGUUUUGUAUCGCCGUUUGUGCGUGUUGAGCCUCCAGCUCACCGAUGACGAAGAACUUUUGCGCACCAAGCGUGAGAACUACCCAGUCGACGUUCAGAAAGCCGCUCUCCUUUCUCGUCUCAUAUCUUGCACUGGAAGACAACAAAGCCCAUUGGCAAACAUGAGUGCUCCAAGAUGUUCGAUUGGCGCCUCGUUUGUCGGAGGAAAAAUUAUUGUCUGCGGUGGAUAUGAUCGUGGAGAAUGCUUGAAUAGCGUUGAGGAAUAUGAUGUGAUCACCGGACAGUGGCGGGAAGUCAAAAAUAUGAAGACCGAGCGUGGACGUUUCGAUUGUGCUGUGAGCGGCGGAAAGGUUUACGCGAUUGCUGGAAGUAAUGGAAACAUCGACUUGAAAUCGGCGGAAGUGUAUGAUCCAAAAGCCAACACUUGGACAGAUCUGCCAAGUUUGAAAAUGGCUCGCUGUCAUAAUGGUUGUGCAUCGUUGGAGAACUACGUCUACUGCAUCGCAGGGUGUUGCGAUCAAACAGUUCUUAAGGAUUGCGAACGGUUCAAUGUGAGCACUCAAGAAUGGGAAACAAUGGCUCCUUUGGACACUGCACGCUAUCAAGCGGGAGUUUGUACAUGGCGCGGAAUGAUCAUUGCAUGUGGUGGAUGUGAUAGAUGGUCUUGCAUUGAUUCCGUGGAGGCCUACGAUCCCAAAACGAAUACUUGGCGCUACCUUGCAAAGUUGCGCCAAGCUCGUCGCGGAUGCGCCGUCGCCGUGGUUCGUGAGACACUCUACGUGAUCGGAGGACACGAUGGAACGCAAUCGUUGAAUUCCGUCGAGAUUCUUGACAACCCUUCGUCAAACUGGCGUCCAGGCCCGCCACUAACCACUCCAAGAGCUAACACUCAUGCGGUGGUUACUGCUGGAAAUGUGAUUUAUGCUGUCGGUGGUUUUGAUGGAAAUCAGUUCUUGGACACCAUUGAGUUAUUGGAGAGUGAGCAAAUUGGCUGGAGAAAUUGGCAGCAGCGUAACAAUGCUCUUGAAGAAGAGGAAGAGGAGGCCGUAAUCAAUGAGCUUCAAUCUGAUGACCUUGCAGCCGACUCGAACUCCGUUGCAUCAUCUCUUUAA